AUGUUUGGAUUCAGUUUUCUCUCCAGGCUCACAAUUCUGGUGAUUGCCUCAGUGACUGUGUUCUACCUGGCAUAUCCCUCUUCGCCUCCAACAUGGCAUUUCAGUCGCGUUGCUGCGGGAUAUCAUCAUGUAGCCACCUACUAUUCCCGCCCGCCCUUUAGAGGAAAACCGGCCGAAAUAGCUGGUCAACAAAAGGAUUCAGCCUAUCAGCCCAAAGAGACCGCCGCCAUUGAGACAGGAUCAAGAGAAACGUAUGCCACACACGAGAGUGUUGCGCACCAAGUUCAGGACUCGCACCAUCCUCAAGAGUCGGAAAAACCAAAGGACGAAUUCGACGAGAUCCCCGAAGAGACUCCGGAAGAGCGACACUGCUUCGCAAGCGGGAUACAGUCCUCUAGGCCAAUUCCUAAGACACUGAAUUUCAUAUGGCUCAAUCGGACUGAACUGUCCUUCAUGAGCUACCUGGCCAUGCGGGCCGCACUAGUGUCUCUCCAACCAGACCGGCUGAAUCUCCACUACACCGAUCUCAACGAAAACAAUGAGUGGUUACGCAAGCUGCACGCCAACAUCACUCUCAUUCGCCAUGAUAUGAAGCAAGAAUAUCCUAGACAGGUAGAGGAAAAUUGGCACCUAGCGCACGUCUCGGAUGUGAUGCGGCUAGACAUACUACAGCGCGACGGCGGGAUCUACUUCGACACGGAUAUUAUUGCCCUGCAGUCCUUUGACAACCUGCUGCAUAGCCCGAAGGACAUUGUUCUCGGCCACGAGGGCCGUAACCGCUUCGGGCUGUGCAAUGGCAUCAUUUUGGGGCGGAAGGGCUCCGCAUUCGUGGACCGUUGGAAAGCCAGCUACAGCUCUUUUGAGGUGGGCGAGUGGAACACCCACUCGGUCAUUCUCCCACAUGACUGGUCUUUGUUGUUCCCUGAAGAAGUCUGCACCCUGUCGCCAACGGUAUUCUUCUGGCCAAGUUGGGAUGCUAUACAAUAUAUGCAUGAGCCGCUUACCGACACCCAGGCAAGGGACUUUGAGCGGACCCUUGCCAGAAACAAUGGCAGUAUGUACUCGAAUCAGCUUGCUUAUCAUGCCUGGCACCAGGUGGCACCGCAGCUGAACAGCUUAACGCCCGAGAUCAUAAUGACGCAGGACACUCGGUUUAACAUGUUGGUUCGACGAUUUUUAGAGUGA